AUGGCCGCCAAUAAAGAAGCAUUAGCUCUUGUAGUGGAUAUCGGUGUUGGCAUGUCUCAAGCAGCACCAGGCUUUGAUACACCCUUACAGAUUACUAGUGAUAUUCUUCAAAUGAUUGUUCAGCGGAAAAUGUUUCAGCAAAGUAAAGACGAAUUAGCGUUGAUCUUGUACGGUGCUGACGACACAAAUAAUGAAUUAGCUGAUGAUGAUAACUACCAAAAUAUUAAUGUGACGUUUUCCUUAGCACCUGCCAAUUGGCAUCUAUUUGAAGAAAUUCAAAAGAUACGACCGGGGAAUAGUCCGGCUGAUUUAGUUGAUGCUGUCGUUGUCGCUGCAGAUCAUCUUCGACGAGAAACAGAGGGAAAACGUGGUUAUGCUGCCAAGCGUAUUCUCUUGUUUACCAAUGCGGCUACACCAUUUAGUGAUAGCAAUCUUCAGAUUAUUGUUGACUCCCUUCGACGACAAGAUAUCAUUGUUGAUGCAAUUGGUCCUACGUGGGGUCAACAAGAUCAAGGAAAUGAGGAUGCUACUGAUGAUGACGAUGGCCAUCAAAACAAUCAACCUGGUUCACCUAUGCAAACGAAUGGCCAUGAUCAAGAAGAAUCAGCAAGCGCCCGUCCAACUACCAAUAAUCAUCAUCAGAGUCCAAAGAAGCCCUUAACACCACAGCAAAAAACUGGCAUUCGUGUCAUUAGUGACAUUGUUAAUACAACCGAAGGAAGUCUGUUUACAUUUCGCGAAGCAUUGGGUAUUCUCAGUGUUCAUCAGUCGAAAAGUGUGAAGCCAACAGCAACAAAAUAUGUGAUGCAGUUGGCUGAUCUUAAACUACAUAUUUGUACUUACAUUCAAGUUAAAGACAACAAACCAGGAAUAUUUCGCUUAAAGAAAGUCUACGCACGCGAUCCAACAACGGAGAUCAAAGUUGAUCGUAGUCGUUACACUCGAGACGAACAAGAUGAGGAAAUUGAAAAAGAGGAAUUAACCGAUGGUUUUCGCUAUGGAACAACUUUCGUACCGAUUACAAAAGAAACAUUAGAAGAUAUGAAGUACCAAAGUGAAAAAUGUUUCUCCAUUAUUGGAUUUUCUGAUGCGAAUAUGAUGCGACGAAGUCUUUACUUAGGCGACACCGUGUAUGAAGUCAUUGCCGAGCCUGCAUACGAGGAAGAAGCUCAAACUUUCACUGGCCUCGUCCAAGCGAUGUACGAAACAAAUAGUGUAGCUAUUGUUCGCAAAUGUUUCAGUGAAAGAAGCUCACCUGAAUUGGGAUUCUUACGUCCACAUAUUGCGCACGAUCAUAUUUGUAUGUAUUACGUAAAAUUGCCAUUUGCAGAAGAUGUACGUGGAUUUGACUUUGACAAUCUUGAUGCGAUCAAGCGAAACCAACCCAGUGAGGAACAAUUAAAAACAAUCGACAAUUUGAUUACAACGAUGGAUUUAACACAUGCUGAUCGAGGAGGUGAACAAUCAUUCCAGCCAGAAUUAAUUUCUAACCCAUAUAUCCAACGCAUGUUUCAAUCAAUUGCUCGACGUGCUAUCUCGCCUGAAGAACCAUUAGCAUUAACAAACACAGUGAUGGAAAUGAAUGACGCGUUGAUUCGUUCGAUAGCAGCGAGAAGUAAACGAACAAUAGAUGAAAUUCAUGAUCAAUUUGUCCUUCGAGAUACAAAUCGCCGACAAAAGAUUACAACUGGUGAUGCACUUUUUGGCAGUAAUGAUAUUUCGACGAAGAAAGCUCGACAUGAAGAGAAUGGUGAAGAAGCUGCGAUCGAUUCUACAUCAUUCGAAGCUCAAGCAGCGGCGAAAAAGAAGGCAGCAUUGAAGACCGUUGGUACUGUGACACCAGUCGAAGAUUUCAAGAUUUUAAUUGAACAGGGCUCACCUUCGUUCUCCGAUGUUUGCAAGCAAAUGUGCACACUCAUCAUCGACCUUAUUAACAAUUCUCAUGGUGAUUCAUUAUUCGACAAAGCAUUGCAAUGCGUGCAAUGUUUACGUGAAACAUGUCUUGCUAAACUAGAACCAAAACUGUUCAAUGACUUCGAGACUCUAUUGAAACGAAAAGCAGCAGAUGUCGAUGGACGAAAAGAUUUCUGGAAGAAAAUUAUUGAUGAGAAAAUCAGUUUAAUAACCAGUGAAGAAUGUAUUGAAUCCAAUGUGAUACCCGUUGAAGCAAAGAAAUUUCUCGAAGAAGAGACAGCGAAUGAAGUAAUGAACAACACAUCAAUCGCCGGUGACCAGGAUGAAAAUGAAGAAGAUCUUUUUGAUCUCAUCUGA